AUGGGCGAAAGAGGUCCUGACCAGUGGUUGGACCAGAUCAAAAAAUGCAGCUCCUUGUCGGAAUCCGACAUGAAACAGCUCUGUGAGCUAGUCAAAGAACUCUUGAUGGAAGAGUCCAACAUUCAGCCGGUACAAUCGCCCGUUACCGUGUGUGGUGAUAUCCAUGGCCAGUUCCAUGAUUUGUUGGAGCUCUUCAAGGUCUCUGGAGGCUUGCCUGCCGAAGACAAUGCUACUAACUACAUAUUCUUGGGUGAUUACGUGGACAGAGGUUACUGCUCAUUGGAGACCUUCACGCUCCUCAUGGUGCUCAAGGUGAAAUACCCCAACCGCAUCACCUUAGUGCGAGGCAAUCAUGAAUCGCGCCAGAUUACCCAGGUAUAUGGUUUCUACGACGAGUGUUUGACCAAGUACGGUUCCACCACCGUCUGGAAGUAUUGUUGCCAGGUGUUUGAUUUCUUGACAUUAGCCGCCAUCAUCGACGGCAAAAUCUUGUGUGUGCAUGGCGGUUUGUCGCCCGAGAUUCGUAUGUUGGAUCAGAUCAGAGUGUUGAGCAGAGCACAAGAGGUUCCACAUGAAGGUGGCUUUUGCGACUUGGUGUGGUCCGACCCCGAUAAUAUUGACACAUGGGCCGUCUCCCCUAGAGGUGCGGGCUGGUUGUUUGGAUCGAAAGUCAGUCGAGAAUUCAACCACAUCAACAACUUGGAUUUGAUUGCAAGAGCACAUCAGUUAGUCAUGGAGGGUUUCCGAUACCAUUUCAAGGACAAGGAUGUGGUCACGGUGUGGUCCGCGCCCAACUAUUGCUACCGGUGCGGUAACGUCGCCAGUGUGAUGCAAGUGGGUAGUGAUUUGGACCCCAAAUUCAAGAUCUUCAGUGCCGUUCAAGAUGGCGACUUGGCGGCCAAAAACAACCCGCACAAGCUGCAGCGGAUCGACUACUUCUUGUAG